CAGCAGUACGUUUCGAUUUAUAUAGGCAGCGUUUGGCUAAGUAUUUCAGCCAUGACACGGAAAUCAGCCAAUCAGAGAGAGAAAAAGAACAGAAGGCGGUCAUGAUUGCAGCGACCCUCGGUCAAGCCCGAUUGGUUCAAACGAUGCAAACAGGCACCCUUACAUAAUGUAUAUGUAUGUUACCGACGGUGUGCUUUAGAUUAGAAAGCACUGUUGCUUUAGUUUAGACAGAUGAGCAAAACAUUAGGAUUAUAUAGUUAAAUUAAACGAAAACCACCGCAGAUUUACACAAUAAUAAAGCAACAUGUGCAAAUGUGUUUAUAUGAGGAGAAAUUGUCGAGUAGUCAACUUCUUUGAAAAAUAAAUCUGGUGUUCUUUUAAUAUGCUUACAAUAGAUCCUAAACUUGAGUUAAUAGUCGGCAUAAAAACAUGCCUAUAUUCAAACGAGUCAAACCCACGCUUUUUGUAGGUGUUUGUUGCGUAAAAGUGUAGGAAGCAAGCAACAAAGUUUAAGAAGAUCUGAGCCAAUUCACUAGAACGAUGAUGAUUCGCCUAAUAGUGCUAGCGCUGGCCCUUGGUACAGUAGUUGGGAAUAAAGAAACAACCGUCACUGCAGACUGCAGUGGGGACAUUGUUUUACCCUGUUUUGCCCUACAGAAGUGUCAGAAAUACACCUCAGUCACGUGGUACAAGUUAUACAAUAACAGCAGUGACAAAUCUACAAUGAUAAUCCUCAUAAAGUCGGAAAAAGUCAUCCAAAACGAAAACCACAACAAUCCAGUGUCACUAGAUAAAAAUGCAUCUUUGGUCUUAAGGAAAGUUGCUCCUGCAGACUCCGGGACCUACAAGUGUUUCAUAAGAGCCAUAGUUGGAGAAAUGAACUGUCAGAAGGACAUUCGACUGAGUAUCCCAGAUUGUGCAUCUACACCCGCCACCUUUGAUUCCACCACCGAGUUUAUUAAUGAAUCAUGGUCAAACAUUACCUCUCCGAUUUCUCAGGUGGAUGAAAAGUCAGAGCACUACUUAAUAUUUUGCGGUUGUAUAGGAGUGGCUGUGAGUAAACUUGUCCUCUCUGCUGUGUUCAUAUGGGUUUUUAAGAAGCUCUGUGAACUUAAAAGAUGACUUAAGGCCAAACAUUAUCAUCACCUUCCUACAUUCUGCCAUGCCAAGUAACAAACUGGAUUUUUUUUAAAAAAUGAAUAAUUUUAUUGAUUAAUAUAUGUGUGUCUGUUUCUCUAAUUGAGGAACUAAUACCGUAUGUGCUUUAUAUUCAGUGCAUCAGUGAUUUUUAAAAAAAACAAUGUCACUAUUUACUUUUCUCAACUAAAAUCUCAAUUAAACAGGGGCCACAUCUGUUAAGCCAUAUUCAUAGUUCAAGUGUUGUGUACUACAUUUUGAAAAAAUAUUGUAUGAUACUUCACUACCUUUAUGUCAUGAACUGAGAUAAAUGUUAGAUAGUAAUUCAUUGUUUACACAUGGUAAGCAACUUACUUUUUUAUUUAAUUUCUUAUCAGUUAUCAUGCAAAAUAUUUCAAAUUUAUUUAUUUUUUAUUGCAAUUUAAGUGCAGUUUGUCAUAGGUGCUGCUGGUAACUAGCAUCAUAAAUUAUUUGUAUACAUAUUAAUGCAGCAACUGACCAGUAUUAGGGUUAAUAACUUUGUGUGUUUGAUUCUGUGUGAUUCUAUGUAACGUGAAUUAAAUUUGUAUGUGUGUGACACAUUAUAAAGCCAUUGGGUUUUACGUUUAUGCCUAUACUCAUGAUUGAUAAAAAAGUUUUACAGUUUUACAGUGUGGCAAAAUAAAAAAAUAAAUCAACUGUGUGGAACUGUGUGAAGACAACCCACAGAUCAAAACAAAGUCAGGCAAGGGGAAACAGACCGCACAUUUCAGAGUAACUGGCAUUAUAGCACACAAGUGGUAUUUCUUCAGAAAGACACGAGUGUGAACAGCAUGUUCCCAAUUCUAAUACCCUUUAUGGGUCAUUUGUUGGCCAAAAGAUGGCAGCAAACUCAAGAUUUUGCCUUGAAUUCCCUCCAUUAUGGACAUGCACGAACGGUUCCUUGGUGGGUAUAUACUCUUUAAGGAAUAUUUAAGCAUGUCUACCCAAACAGGUUUCCCUUUUUUGACAUAUCAUUAGACUACACUUUUUGUGGCGCUUAUGGCUAACCAGAAAUCAUAUCUCUUUAGAUAUUCAUUUAGCAAACCAACAUUUGUUCUGGCCCCAUAGGCCUGUGUAAUUUUCACAGUGAUUACACAUUGAUUAUCCUGUUUUGCCAGAAUGAGAACUGUGGCAACAACUCUGAAUCAGAAAAUUAAUUAGUUCCGCCGAGCUCCACCCGAGAAAGCAACAAAACGUUGAAUUUCAUGUUUACUUCUUUCAGAAGAGUAAAAAAAAAAAAAGAUUUCAGACCUCAAAUAAUUCAGAAAGUGAACACAGCUGAGAGAGAAAAAUGUCAAUAGACCUUGUGCUGAAAGAAUCCCCAUUCGUGUCUGGCAUUAAAAGAACAGUUCAGUCAGAUUUCAUACAGACUGUUCUGCAUCUAUGACAUUUUUACAAAACACUAAAACAUUAUUCUUUUCCCCCAUAGUGUAUUUGAUUAGUUUUGUCACAACAACAGUGCAAAUAAAUAAAUAAUUGAAAGCUGGGCUAUUACAAAUGAUAUUAAUGCCCAAGAUAUAAAACACAAAGGAGAAAUUUAAAAACAAUAGAGGGAGAUGUAAUGAGAAAAUAAACCACAGCAUCACCAAUAUGUCAAUAUUCUUUACUGUUAACACUAAUCAUUGUUCUGCUGGUAAUUAAAAUAAUGUUAUUUCAACCAACAAACUGUUUGAGAUGCUCCGCAUAACAAUAAUAAUUUGGAUCAUGAUUUCUAUGGUAACAGAAUAAAUCUUAGCCAUUUUCAUUUGAUAGCUUCAUAGCAUGACAUGCUUAAUGAUUCUUAACAGGCAUUGUAACUACACGGUUAACGUUUUAGGAUCAUCGGUAAAAGUAAAAAGAAAAAACACCCCAGCAAAAUAACCAAGUCAGCUUAACAGAAAUCCUUUCAGAUGCAUAACAUCUCUUUACAGAAAAUGAGGCUUGUCCUAUUUCACAUGUAUCUGGUUCCGUGACACAUUUCCUGUAUUUGCUUUUGAACUGGCACAUAUUCUACACGUCAAAAUAAACUCUGAAAAUAAAAUACUGUACAUUUAAUUGUGGGAUAAAAAGAAGCUACAAAUGUUUGACA